UUAAAACCCAAAAAUAUAAAAAUAAAAUAAACUCAUCAGAGAAGCUGAGAAAUUCAUUUGUGUUUUCCGGCUAGCAAAUGGCAACCACUGUGAUGACUUCUCUCCCUCAAUUUUCUGGGUUAAGACCCAACUUCUCAGCAGCUCCAGUGAAAACCCUGGCAGCUGUUCGACCAAUGAAGAGAAAGGGAAAUGGAGCACUGGGUGCUCGCUGUGAUUUCAUUGGCUCCCCCACUAACUUGAUAAUGGUGACGAGUACAAGUCUAAUGUUAUUCGCGGGGAGAUUCGGGUUAGCUCCAUCGGCAAAUCGAAAGGCGACCGCAGGAUUAAAGCUAGAAGUGAGGGACUCAGGGCUGCAAACAGGCGACCCAGCUGGAUUUACACUUGCAGACACUUUGGCUUGUGGUGUUGUGGGUCAUAUUAUUGGUGUUGGUGUUGUUCUUGGCCUUAAGAAUCUUGGUGCUUUGUAAAUUAAUUUCGAAUCUUUAUUUUGAUGAAUAUGUAAAUUUUUUUUUUCAAAUUACGAUCUAAUUGUUAUGAAUAUGUUAAUACCCACUUUUUGCC